AUGUUUGUGGAGUCUGUGGUUCGAUGGGCGGCGUGGGGCAUCCUGAUCCAGACGGGACUGGGCGUCACCGCAGGAGGUUGUCCUCCUCGCUGUUCGUGUCGGCCAGAAACGAAGGAAGUCAUCUGCUCCGGCAAACAUUUCACCUCCAUCCCAGACGGCUUUUCUGGCGAUGCGAGACGUGUGGAUUUAUCCUACAACAAGAUUCGGACCGUGGGACGCCGCCAGUUCUAUAACCUCCAUGAACUUCAAGAUCUGGACCUGAGUGAGAAUAUGAUCUCUAUGAUCGAGGUGGAAGCUUUCCAAGGACUCCAGAAUCUCAGGACGCUUCGGAUUAAGAACAAUCGACUGAAAAUCCUCCCUGUUGGAGUUUUCUCCGGCCUGUCCGAUCUACGGUUUUUGGAUCUGAGCCAGAAUGAGCUCCUCGUCUUCUUAGACUACACCUUCAGAGAAACGGUGAACCUGCAGACGCUGGAUGCCGACGAGAACGACUUGGUGUUUGUCUCGCAGCGAGCUUUUUACGGUCUGCAGAGUUUGCAGGAGCUCCACAUCGAUCGCAGUAAUUUGACUUCCAUUCCUACUGAGGCGCUGUCUCAGCUCCAGAGCCUCACGUAUCUCCGCAUGCUCCGACUGACCAUUUCCGCACUGCCCAACAACGCUUUCCGCCGCCUGCACCGGCUACGCACCCUCAUCUUGGCGAACUGGCCAUCAUUGGACACGGUGGCUAGCAACAGCCUGGUCGGACUCAACCUGACCGCUUUGGUCAUCAGCGGGUGCAACCUCAGCACGGUGCCGUACUCGGCUUUGCGGCACUUGGUUUACCUGCGCUUCCUGGAUCUGUCCUACAACCCAAUCACCGUUAUUCAAGGUAAUCUAUUGCGGGACCUUGUCAGACUCCAGGAGUUGCACUUAGCUGGGGGGAACCUGCUGCGGAUAGAUCCUGGAGCCUUCAAGGGCCUCGCCUCACUCCGCAUGCUCAACUUGACAUCCAACCAGCUCACCACUUUCGAGGAAAACACGUUGCAUUCGGUGGGGAACCUCCAGGUGCUGAGGUUAGACGGAAACCCUCUUUCCUGUGACUGCCGUCUGCUCUGGGUGGUCCGUCGGCGAUUACGCUUGAACUUUGACGGACGUCAGCCCACGUGCUCAUCCCCCGAGACGGUAAGGCAGCGAGAAUUUAGAGACUUUUCCGAAAAAGAGCUGCCAAGACUGUUCACUUGCCGGCCCGCUCGGAUCCUGGACCGUAGGCCCCAGGAGGCCAGAGUGGAGGACGGAACCACGGUUCUCUUCUCCUGCAAGGCCGAAGGGGAUCCCGCUCCAUCCAUUACCUGGAUCUCCUCCCACAAGAAUGUGGUUACGCCGGUGGGAAGAAUCAGAGUCCUACCCAACGGUACUCUAGAGGUGCGGUUUGCGCAGGUCCACGACAGCGGCAUCUAUCAGUGUCAGGCCAGCAACGCUGCUGGGAAUGACAGCAUAUCAGUUGGCCUCUAUGUGAAGGGAGGCUCGCGCAACCGGACCAUCCCGUUCUUCACCGAAGAGGACUGGUCGGAGCCUCCGAUCCCCCAAGCUACUAACUCUUCAGCCCAAAUGGCCAAGCCAUACCCCUUUGACGCAAAGACGCUGAUCAUCGCCACCACCAUGGGUUUCCUAUCCUUCCUCAGCUCGGUGGCCAUUUGCUUUAUUUUCAUGUUCUUCUGGAGCCAAAGCAAAGGCCAAAUCAAACACACAGCCACCAUCGACUUUGUUCCUCGCUCCUCCAUGGGUGGUGGAGGGGACGGCGGGGAUGGCGGCAGGUUCACCAUGAAACUUAUCUAA